AUGGAUACAGAAAACCAACCUUAUCAUUUAUACCAAACAGUGGAUGAAAUACUUGAAGAACUAGAAGAAUUAGAAAAGAAGCAAGAUCGAAUUGAAAAACAAGAAACAGAAUAUAAAUAUAUAGAAUUAUCAAAAGAAGAAGAA